UACAAGCUUAGCGCAUUUAGCCGAUUAUACUUGCGUGAUGCACACGAGCAUAAGAACGUUAAAUUUUUUGUCAUGUUCUUAGUGCUUUUCUGGUUGUGCAUAGCAAUUAGAUUGCUUCGCACAUCUAAUUGCAACUAUCAAAAUUCUUCAAAUCUCGCCCUGGUUGGUGUUAUUGAGUCCCCUUACGACCAGGUGAAACAACAUCAUAAAUCCGCAAAUUACCUUUCAUUCUGCCACAAAAGCCCAUUUACAUCUAUUCUUUUAUGUCUAGGCUGCGCUUGCGAAGGCGACUGCGCCCUCUCGCGCAACUGCGUCUGUCUCCAGCUCUCCGAGGGGCGCAAUUACGAUCCGAACGAUUAUUUGUUCUGCACCUGUCAACAGGGUACCUGCAGGAAUCGACUAGUCCAGUAUUAUGAACGUGACAAAGCCGCUGUGAAGACCUGCAAUGCUGGCGCCAAGGGACGAGGCGUGCGUGCGACGCGGAAUUUUCGCCAGGGGAACUUUGUUUGUGUCGUUGCUGGACACUACAUGGAAUGUAACCUUGAAGAGGCUGGCUUGCGCAGGGAUAACCGCGAAACUGUGACCAUUGUCGAUUGUAACAUUCGGAGCCAACUGCCGACCACUAGCCUCUUCAAUCACUCAUGCAACCCUAAUAUGACCAUCAUUCCGGUUCGAGUUGAUUCAAUGCGGCCCAUCUUGGCGCUAUUUGCAAUUCGUGAUAUUAAGGCCAAGGAGGAACUCACUUACAGCUAUUUUGAAAGGUCAUGUGAGGACUCUCAGAUAUUUGGAGUACAUUGUCUCUGCGGCGAGGCUAACUGUCGGGGCUUGCUUCCGUUUUGUGUCUAG